CAAGAGAAGGGACACUAUUUAGAAAUGUAUGUAUCAUUUUUACACCUUUUGUGGCUUGUAAGAUGGAGACGAUAGAAAUAAUGUGGCACAAACUUAUUAUUCUUUCAUUCCUGGGAAUAUAUUUAUUCAAAUCUGGAAUUGGUGUGGAAUUAGACGCCAAGACCUUCAAGGAGACGAGGAGUGCAAGAUUUUACGACGGAAAUGCCAUAUCACAAGCAAGUUUUGAAAAGAAUUCUUUCGGAUCUGGUUACAUUGUGUCGGCUCGAAAUUCCGAGGGCAAAAUUUGCAUCGGAAUUCUCACAAGUCGUGACAAGUUUUGGACCACAUCAACCCUUUGUGAUGGAACAAAGACUCCAUUCGAAAUAUUUACGGGAUCAUUGAUUCAAACUGGAGGAAGUGUGCAAGAUCAAUCCGGAUCCAUUAAUACGUUAAGAUAUGACAUGCUUGAGAUACCUUUUAGCCCUCCCCUGGAUACACAGUCAUCCACGAAAGUGGCACCAUUCUCACCUGGAAUCCCUGGAAUCCCACCAGUUGACACAAACUGCGUGGCUUUUUACUACUCGGCUACGGACGCAUGUUCUCCCGAUGGGGCGAAUUCCACCUUGACCUUUUUGCCAGCGAAGGUCACAACGAAGGAAAGAUGUAUGGAGAUUUAUGGGGAUAUUCACCCCCACCAUUUUUGUGCUCAAGUCAACCACGACGAGAUAGACGUUAAAAUGGAAGAUGAUCCAGUUUGCAGGGACGAUACACAAAACGUUUUAGUGUGCUAUUUACCCGAAAGGAUGGCCAGAAGUGGAAGUGCGGAUGAUUACAAUGCUGAUCCAGAGAUGCUGAAAUUAUUUUGUCUUGUAAACCCAACUGCGGCUAAAUGCACCAUUUUCUGUUUUUUGUUUCCACAUUUCUGCACCACCCAAAAACCGCAACUCCAAAGGGAACAAUAUGUCUGGUUGGUUAGUGGGAUAAGAGUCAAAUGGUCGAUAAUCUCAUGCAAGACAUCAGAUCCGGUUCUGUACUCGGUUUUUCCUAAUUUUCCAAGUUAACCUUUAACGUGCUAAUAAUAAUAAUAAUUUGACAAUUAAUAAACCGCAUAUGCUUUUAAGAAUAAAGUAAUACUUGCUUAAAA